UAGAGGUAGAAUAUUUUUUAUUCGAUAUAAGCAUGCAAAAGGGCGUUUCAAACCGCAGGGAAAGUCUCAGCAGCGUAAAGUCGACGAUUAGUUGCCAUGGUAGCAAUGACGAAAUGCUUACGUCACAAACAACGACGAGGCUACCCUCGAGAAGAGAUUUGCGACUAAAUUUUUUACCGAAGAUAAAUAUUGAUGGGAGCAUAGAUUCCCCAACCACCCCCUACUCGUCAUGUUCGUCGCUACAAACAAUUCCCCCAAACAUGAAACGUCAUCAGGGUAUAUUACGUCACAGUGACUCGAGUUUGUCACCGGAGAAUGGAGAUAGUGACGUCACAGUGGGCGGGAAUUCCGACGACGGCGAACGCAAAACUUCCUCAGUGAGAUUCGUGAAAAACGACGAACGUCAUAAAUAUGUGACGUCAUCAAAGAGUACGUCACGAAAUAACCGACGAAUGCGACGAACCAUCCGAGAUGCGGACAUUCCACUGGCCGAUGUAAGUACUGACAAAUCAACAGCUUCACAAGCGGUGGCAUUCGUAAUUAGAGCGUCCAGACGAGGUGUGGUUUCAUUAUGCGCCGAAGUUGCUGACCUUUUAAAAGACAGGAACAGGCUUGAGCAAGAACUCGAAGAGAAAAACAAAGAAAUUGUAAUUCUUCUUGAGAAUCAAGCGGUGCCUAGAAGCCCCGAGCCCCCGCUACCUGAGACUUGCGACUUCAGCAUGCAGUCAAUACAAGAUAUGGAAUCGCAAACUUACCCGCAGAAUAACGUUGCAAUUCAAACCGAGACGAUGUCCCUUGCCUGCACCAAACGAAAGGCAAGAGAUGAAAACGAGCCUGAAACGCCCCCCGAUUGCUCUAACAUUACGUUUAUUAACUUCGAGUGUGGAAGCGACUUCGCGGUGACUUGUUUAUGUCCGAAAAGUGUCAGUUCUUCGUCCCAGAACCCAGGAAAAACAGCAGUUGCAAUAAACACUGGUGAUGGCCCACGAUUGCAUUCAAAGUUGGGUUAUUUUGAACAUCACAAUCUCGAACAUAAAUUCAAGGCUUUGGAAAUUAAACACGAGCAACUAAAAAUGAAGCUGUCAGAAGACACCGGUCAUCAAAUGAAAACUACUGACGAGUUAAAUAAAGCAAAAGAAGAAAUUGUAGUCCUUCAAAAAGCGAUACAAGAUAUCCAGACAAAAGAAUAUGAAAGAAUACAAGAAGAAGAAAGAAUAAAACAAGAAGAAAACUACAGCAUCGAAGCCCAAGAUGACGUCAGCGACGGGACAGGAAGUGACGACAGCGAUGACGUCACACAACGACGACGUAGUUUAAAAGGCUCACGAGAAAAGAGCUUACUACCGAUAAUUGCUAACACUACAAGACUAGACUCAAAGCAAGAGACGUUCCGGUCUUCUAUUUUUCCUGGGCCAAUUUUGGGAUGUAAAUGUCAGAUGUGUACAGCGUUCUUUAGAAGCAGUGGUGUACUGGGAUUCGCAUGCAGUCCAUAUGUAACGGACAGUUCUGGAAAGAACCCAGUGCUCCGAGACCUGCGGAAACUAGUAUGCUUGCAGAACUCCAAGCUUCAACUGCAACAAAACGAUCAAGUCAUGGUACGCGGAAGUAAAACGGGGAUAGUACGUUAUAUUGGUCACUUGGACGGCGUAGGAACACCAAGCGUAGUCUACAUCGGCCUAGAACUUAAUAGUGCAGCUGGAAAACACGACGGCUAUCUGUACGGAAAACGUUACUUCUUUUGUACGCAAGACCACGGUAUAUUCCUCCCAAUACAAGACGUGCUAUGUGUUAUAAGCAAAAAGAGUGCGCCAGGCUCUUCAAGAAAAAGAAUCCCGAAAGCAAUUUUAUCAAAACCAGUCACUCUGCACUUGACUCCAGAAAAACCAAGAUCCAUAAAACCAAAAUCCCAUCAAAGUAAUUCUAGACGAACGCAUUCUAAACGUAGAAGUAUGACAUCAUCUGAAAGUGACACAGGCUCAUCUACAUCUGAAAACAGCAGCACAUUUCCACCAGUUUCCCCACCCCGGUAACAUAACAUGAGCAAAUGUCGUUUUGUCUUCAUAUGUUUAUGUUGUACUGGAUUUCAAAUACAAAAAAUUGGUAUUA